AUGGCGUACGAAGGACCCUUCUUGCCUCGUUUGAGCAAGCGGCGGCGGAAUUUGGCCAAUUGGGCCGUCGAGAGCAGUCCCUCGUUCGACGUGAGACUCUUGAGCUGGUGUUUGACAAACAGGUUCAGUUCCAAGGUGGCUUUCUGCAGAUGCUUGGCGCUCUUACCGGUGGCCACCACCAUGAAGUCUGCCACCUCCUGGGCGCCCUCGUUGACGGAGUCGGGGUCCCUGGGGUUUCUGAGGUCAAAAACCUCAAUGUUGGACAUUCCGAGCUUGUGCGAGAGGAACUCGACGAGCGGCUGGAGCGACGCAGGCGAGUUGGCCGGCAGUGCAGGUAUUGGCGAGUGGUUGAGCAAGCUGGGCCGUUGCUCGGAAUCGGACUCGCGCAGGUACCACGGCACGUCCGAGGACGAAUGUCUGGCGAGCGACAGCACGCGUGGCCGGGUAAGCACAGGGACUGCGCGGCGGACACACAAACGUAGCAUGGCUGGAGAGAUGAUUUGA